CCCGGACAAGCAGAAGGCUAGGCAGCUCCAGACCGCAGUCAGCUCAGCGGCGGAGAGGCGCAUCCAGCAGGGAGGGGACGCCGACAACAACACCGAGCGGUACCGACGGGACGCCGCUUGUCAGUGAAAACGCGGAAAGGCUUCGGGAACUGCUUUUUCAUCCCAUGUUUUUAUAGAAACAGGUGAGCCUUUCCUAGCAGCGCCGCGGCAGUUUGUGUUGUUUAUUCGAGGAGCUGUCACCCCGCCCGUCCAGCUAACUAGCGGAUCAUGCCUCUCCCCUCCUCGGCCUGCCUUGCUCCUCAGCCUCCCCCUCCAAACCCAUAGCUGCCUGUCGUUACCAUGACAGCAGAAGAAACCAUAAAUGUGAAGGAGGUGGAGAUCAUCAAGGUGAUCCUGGACUUUCUCCACUCCAGGAAGUUGCACAUCAGUAUGCUGGCGCUGGAGAAGGAGAGCGGAGUCAUCAAUGGACUCUACUCAGAUGACAUGCUCUUCCUCAGGCAGUUGAUCCUCGAUGGACAGUGGGACGAGGUCCUUCAGUUCAUCCAGCCUCUGGAGUGCAUGGACAAGUUUGACAGAAAAAGGUUUCGUUACAUCGUUCUAAAGCAGAAGUUUCUCGAGGCUCUGUGCGUGAAUAACGCCAUGUCUGCAGAAGAAGAGCCACAGCACUUGGAAUUCACCAUGCAGGAAGCGGUAAAGUGCCUCCAUGCUCUGGAGGAGUUCUGCCCCUCUAAAGAUGACUACAGCAAACUGUGUCUGCUCCUCACACUGCCUCGCCUCACAAACCACGCUGAGUUCAAGGACUGGAACCCGAGCACAGCCAGGGUGCAGUGUUUUGAGGAGGCAUGCAUCAUGGUGGCAGAGUUCAUCCCUGCAGACAGGAAGCUGAGCGAGGCUGGAUUCAAGGCCAGCGAGGACCGACUCUUUCAGCUGCUUCUUAAGGGAGUGCUCUAUGAGUGCUGCGUGGAGUUCUGCCAGAGCAAGGCGACGGGUGAGGAGAUCACAGAGGGUGAGGUCCUCCUAGGGGUUGACAUGCUGUGUGGGAACGGCUGUGAUGACCUGGACCUGUCUCUGCUGUCCUGGAUGCAGAAUCUCACCCACACCGUUUUCACCUGCGCCUUUGAGCAGAAGCAGCUCAACAUCCACGUCGACCGUUUGGUUAAGCCCAUUAAAACUGGCUACGCUGACCUCCUCACCCCUCUGAUCAGUAAACUCUCCCCGUACCCUUCCUCCCCGCUUCGGCGACCCCAAUCUGCCGACACUUACAUGUCCCGCUCCCUGAACCCAGCGUUGGACGGGCUGUCCUUCGGGUUGUCUGGCCAGGACAAAAGAGCGAGCGGCGGGGAGGUAGUGCCAGGUAAAGGAGUCUCUCCGAUGUCGCACUCCUUCGCCAACUUCCACUAUCCUGGAGCAGGAGGGCCGAACCUCAGCAGGAGUCUGAUGAUGGAGAGCGCCGACUGCCACAGCAUCUUCGAGGAAUCUCCUGAGACAUCGAGGACGGACACACCUGUGGAUAAGAUGAUGAGCUCAGACGGAGCUCAGAACACGCGUCCUGCGUCCGCUCCAGGUGAGGAGGCCCCGAUGAUUGGAUCUGCCGACAGGAACGAGCUACGCGACUCGACGGAGAAGUACGAGGAGUUUUAUCGGCAGAGGCUUCGCGUGCAGCAGCAUCUGGAGCAGAAGCAGCAGCAGAGACAAAUGUACCAGCAGAUGCUGCUGGAGGGAGGGGUCCAGCAGGAGCCCCCGCCCAGUGACAUGCAGCACAGCCUCACGGAGAAGUUCCUCAACAGGUCCAUUCAGAAGCUGGAGGAGCUCAACGUUGGGAUGGAGAGUUUAGGAGAGGAGGUGAAGUCUCUCACCCAGCAGUGUAAUGGCAACGGGAAUACGCCCACCUUCGAGGACAAUAAUAACCCCCCAUCUGCGACGCCGGAGCAGAGCAGAGGGGGAGGGGUGAGUAGCAGCACCCCUCAGCGCUCCGUAGGGGGCCAGGUGGUCCCGCCUCCAAACGAGUCCCCCGUGGUCUCCAGUGGUCAGAAACCAAAAACGGGUCAACAGGGCGACUCCCCUGGACCUCUGUCUCGUAGUAAAGAGGGUGAAAAAGUAAAAAGCCUGUUUGUACCCGUGCACACGCUGGAGGACACGCAGGCUGUCCGAGCCGUGGCCUUUCACCCGUCUGGAUCUCUGUACGCCGUGGGGUCCAACUCCAAAACGCUUCGCGUGUGCGCCUAUCCGGACAAACUGGACACGAGUGGCUCAAGUCCGAUAAAGCAGCCGGCUGUUCGUUUCAAGAGGAACAAACACCACAAAGGCUCCAUCUACUGCGUGGCAUGGAGCCACUGCGGUCAGCUGCUGGCUACAGGCUCGAACGACAAGUAUGUCAAAGUCCUGCCUUUUAGCGCGGAGACCUGCAAUGCCACAGGGCCAGACCUGGAGUUCAGCAUGCACGACGGUACCAUCAGGGACCUGGCCUUCAUGGAGGGUCCUGAAAGUGGAGGAGCCAUCUUGAUCAGCGCUGGAGCGGGGGACUGUAACAUCUACACCACCGACUGCCAGCGAGGACAAGGGCUGCACGCACUGAGUGGACACACAGGUCACAUCCUGUCUCUGUACACAUGGGGAGGCUGGAUGAUCGCCUCCGGGUCUCAAGAUAAAACGGUUCGGUUUUGGGAUCUCAGGGUGCCGAGCUGUGUGAGAGUAGUGGGAACAGCUUUCCACGGCUCAGGCAGUCCCGUUGCCUCUGUAGCAGUGGAUCCCAGCGGCCGUCUCCUAGCAACUGGACAGGAAGACAGCGCGUGCAUGCUGUAUGACAUCAGAGGAGGACGGAUCGUUCAGGUGUACCGGCCGCACUCUAGCGAUGUUCGGUCUGUUCGGUUUUCCCCUGGAGCGCACUACCUGCUCACCGGCUCCUACGACACAAAGGUGAUGGUCACCAACCUUCAAGGCGACCUGACCAAACAGCUGCCUCUGACCGUGGUUGGAGAACAUGGAGACAAGGUGAUUCAGUGUCGGUGGCACACGCAGGACCUGUCCUUCCUGUCGUCUUCCGCUGACCGUACGGUCACGCUGUGGACACACAACCCCUAACACACACCAACAAUUCCUAACUGAUCUGAUAGACUUGCACAUUCUUAAACGCCAUUCCUCCUCUCUUCACAAACACUGAAAAAACACAAACAGGUCACCAAGCUUCUCCUUCUGCAGGAAACCAAAUAGUUUUAAACUGGAGACAUCAAAAGCACAUGUUGCAUGCUCCCAUCACCCUGAUCGUUGGCAUGCUGAGCUGUAAACCGGCUUUAAGUCAUUAUUUGCAAUUGGUUUCUCAAUUCAUGCGAGUCCUCCUCCGUUUUCUGCUGCAUGUCCUUUUCUUUCUGGUCUAACAUGGCGGGAGUGCGUUGCUCAUGAUGGUGCCUUCUUUUAGCUCAUGAUCUCAUUUUAGGUCCUUUUAAACAUUCCGGCUCUUGCAUAUGAUUUUCUAACAGCUGACGUGACGCUGCUAUUGUUAUUGGAAAGAAAAGCUGGUGUCAAAUGUAACCUUUAAGUGAUUUCCUCCACUCGGGAGGCUCGCUGAUGUGGGACUUCUCCCGUUUCUGUAUCCAGUGCAUCCGUGAAACGCAGGAGUAUCUUUUCUCUUUAGCCAGUGAUCUGAUUGUCUUACAGUAGCUUUCUUUAUUUCAGCGUCAAAGGGACUCUUCCAGUUUGAAAAUCAUGACAUUGACUUGGUUUGUCUGCUGCUGUGAUUUAGUGACAGUAGGUGUCAAGCCUUUGCCUAACAUCUGUUUGUGUGCACGGCCACAUCUGGAUGGAAGCACGGGUGUUUGAAUAUUUAUUACAUGAGGCAUUUUUUAAUAUUUUCUUUGCACAAAUACUUUUAACAUGUUCCUCAUACAUAUUUAAGUUAUUUUAUUUAGUACCAUCAGAAAUGAGGCCAAACUAAUGGAUGUAUUUAUUAGUUUAUUAAUGUACAGGUAAUUAUAACGCUAGUAGCCCUUGUAUUAAGGCUUUCUAAUUCUUGAUUUUAAAAAGUGAUUUAACUUAUGUGAAGCUAACCGAAGUGUCGACUGCUGGUACGUUCAAUAAAGUGUCUUUUACACAAA